GCUCUUUUCACUUUUAAAUUGGUUUCUUUCAUUUCUUCCUUCCAAUUUUAAAUCCCAAAACCCUCCUUCUUCUUGACGUGACAACAAUCCUCCUCUCUCUCUCUCUCUCAUCACUCACACUCGAAUCCAAUCUAAUUCAGACUCAAACUAAAGAAAGUCUCUUUCUAGUUCAUUAUUUAUACAGUUUCAUAUCUUCUUCCCCAAAUUCUUCUUUGGAGAACUUAUAAAGCUCAUCAGUCAUGGCAGACUCCUUCGAUGACGAGUGUGAUUACCUGUUUAAAGCAAUUCUCAUAGGAGACUCUGCUGUUGGUAAAUCGAAUCUCCUCACAAGGUUUGCUAAGGAUCAUUUCCGCCUCGAUUCCAAGCCUACUAUUGGAGUGGAAUUUGCUUAUCGGAAUAUUAAGAUCGGUGAUAAGAUCAUCAAAGCUCAGAUAUGGGAUACAGCUGGCCAAGAAAGAUUUAGAGCAAUCACAAGCUCUUACUAUCGAGGAGCACGAGGUGCGUUACUAGUCUAUGAUAUCACACGGCGACAGACCUUUAAUAGUCUGGCAAAAUGGCUGAAGGAGAUAAGAGAGUUUGGUGAUUCUGAUAUGGCGAUUGCUUUGGUUGGGAACAAAACCGAUCUGGGUCAUGCCAGAGAAGUCAGUGAGGAAGAAGGGCGAAGCCUUGCAGAAAAUGAAGGUCUUUGCUUCAUGGAGACAUCUGCUUUGGAAAAUUUAAAUGUGGAAGAGGCAUUCCUACAACUCAUUACUCGAAUUCAUAAAGUUACAAGCAAGAAGAACCUGGAAGCAAAGGCCAAUCAAGUUAAGACAUCAACACCCUCUGCAGGGAAUUCAAUCCUCCACUUGGAUGAAGUCUCAGCAACCAAACAAACUGGCGGUUGUCGUUGUUCUAGGUAACCAAACCACACCACAUCAGUUUGAGACAUGAAUCAAAUUCCAUUCUUUAUGAUCAUAUUUCCUUUAUUCUUUCUUUUAGUACUUUAGUAUUUUUGUUGGUUGUGACUUUAAGCCCCCUUACAAAGUAAGAUCCAAUAGAAUACCAUACUUGACAGAAAAAAAUAAAAAAAAUAAAAAAAUCCCAAGGUUUUUGGUCUUUCUUUUGUAUAAUUCAAUGUAUGAAGUUAGGGAGGAUGAACGUGUGUGGAGGAUUCAUAGAGAAUGAAAUAAAUAUAUAUAUUUUUUCCUGCAA